AUGGCCGCCUCCACCCUGUCUGUCUGCUCCAGCGACCUGAGCUACGGCAACCGGGUCUGCCUGCCCGAGUCCUCCUGGCAGGGGGACGACUGCCCCGAGAGCUGCUGUGAGCCCCCCUGCUGCGCCCCCAGCUGCUGUGGCCCCAGCUGCUGCGCCCCCGCCUCCUGCCAGACCCUGAUGUGCGCCCCGGUGAGCUGCGGGUCCAGCUCCUGCGAGCCCUCGUGCUGUAGCUGCUCCCCCUGCCAGCAGGCCUGCUGCAUGCCCGUGUGCUGCAAGCCCGUGUGCUGCACGCCCAUGUGCUGCACGCCUGUCUCGUGCACACCUGCCUGCUGCACGCCUGUCUGCUGCAAGCCCAUGUGCUGCACGCCUGUCUGCUGCAAGCCUGUGUGCUGCACACCCAUGUGCUGCACGCCUGUCUCGUGCACACCUGCCUGCUGCACGCCCAUGUGUUGCACACCCGUCUGCUGCACGCCCGCCUGCUGUGUGCCCGACUGCUCGGGGUCCUCCCCCUGCUCGGCCUCCUCCUGCUGCCAGCCCAGCCCCUGCCCCCCGCCCUGCUGCAAACCCUCCUCCUGCGUGUCCCUCAUCUGCCGCCCCGUGUGCAAACCUGCCUGCUGCGCCCCCGCCCCCUGCUGCCAGCCCGGCUGCUGCCGCGGGGCCUCCUCCGUGUCCCUGCUCUGCCGGCCCGCGUGCCCCCGCCCCGCCUGCUGCUGA